AUGAUCGUUCAAUCGACACCAGUCAUAUUGAAACAACGAAAUCAAGUUAAUCGAGAAUGUCUUUAUGCAUGGUAUCCAGAAGUUGUAACAGAUACAUCAACAACAACAUCAAUGGGACCACGCGAUAUUUAUAUUCAUAAAGGAAUCGACAAAGAUCUUAUACAACAAAAUUCACCAACAAAUGGAUUAAUUAAUGGUUAUAAUAAUAACAAUAGUAAUAAUGAACUUCUACAACGUUAUGGACAAAGUAUGGCACCAAGUGAACGUAUCUAUCACUCAGCAGAAACACUUGAUGAAGCGUUAAGAACACCAUGGGCAUUACAUUAUGAAAUACAACGAAGACCAGCAACACCAAAUCCACCAUCACAUUCUACAGAUAGUAUGUAA